AGCGCGCGCAAUCCAAGCUCGUCUGCGGGAAGCGUGUAGGAGUCUCAGAGCGGGUGUUUGAGUUUGGACCUGAUCACGUAUAGCAGUCUCCGAGAGGGUGUUUGAGUUUGGACCUGAUAAUUAUACCUGAAUCAUUAUUUUCACAAUGAAAGCCAUGCGUUACGCUCAUUGUGAUGGACACACCGAUGUGUGCUAUGAUGAUUCUGGGAGAUACAUUCUCACCUGUGGAAUGGAUGGGGAUGUAAGGAUUUGGGAAGGUAUCGAUGAUGACGAUGCUAAAUCUCACAGGGUUGGAGACCGGGCAUACGCCAUUGCUUUCAGAAAUGGCAGGUUCUUUACUGCAACAGACAACAAUGCUGUUCAAGCCAGUAAAUUUCCCGAUGGCAUGCCAGACGGAUUGAUAACUCGAUUUACAGCUCCAGUCACUCACAUGGUCUUCAAUGCCUCAGGAUCAACCAUGGUAGCUGGCGCCAGUGAUUUCACAGUCAAAGUGGUGGAUGUUGCAAGUAGCAGUCAUGGAGUGUAUCAUGGACAUAAAGCUCCUCUACUUAGCGUUGCCUUGGAUCCCAAAGAACAGUUUGUGGCUACUUCCAGCUGUGAUGGUACUGUGCAAAUAUGGCAAGUAAACAGCCUAAUGGAAGUGAAGACAUUGAAUCUUCUCCCAAAAUGCAGUGAUGUAAGUCUUGCUCAGAGUCUUUGUCGUUUGUGCUGGACAUUUUUCCUGCUUGUUCCUGUGGAAAAAGAGAUACAUAUGUAUUCCAGGAACACAUGGGAGAUGGUGGACAAGCUAUCGCACUCGGACAUUACAGGGACUGUGAACGUCUUAGCUGUGAGACCUCAUGACCAGCACGUGGCUGUCGGUUGUGUGAAUGGAGGUCUCUUCAUAUUUGACUGGAAACUACGCAAACUUGUUGAGAAGCAUAGACAUCAAAAAAAACUCAGCAUCACUGCUUUAGUCUGGAACCCACAAAAAUCACAGCAGAUAGCUUUCUGUGACAAUGAGGGGCAGCUAGGCGUUCUGGACGAUCUACUCAGCUCUGAAGUUAGUCAGGUCAUGGGUGCUGGCAGUGCUAUGGAUGGUAUCUUUGAUGAUGAUGAUGAUGAUGAUGAUAUGUUCAUCCAAGCCAGCAGCACAGAUGUAGAUCACAAUGCUGAAGACAAUGUUGGCAAUGAUGAUGAUAAUGAUGGUGCUGCUGAUGAUGAUGAUGAUGCAGCCAGCAUUGAUUUAGGUAUCAUCAAGAAACAGCUGAUGCCGCUUAUCAUGAAUGAAGACAGCAAUGCCACUGAUUCAAUCACAGGUCUACGAGAAGAAAAGACAGAGGGCGCUUCAUUUCCUUCACACUCUAUGUUGCCAAUGUUUGAGGGUUUCAAACCCACCCCUCUACAGAAACCUUUCCAGCCAGGCUCCUCACCAGAACACCUUAGCAGCAGAUAUAUGAAAUGGAACAAUGUAGGGAUCAUUCGUCAGUAUAACACAGAAGAAGAGAACUCUAUUGAUAUAGAGUUUCAUGAUACCGCUAUCCAUCAUGCUAUGCAUAUCACAAAUAAUUGUGAUUAUUCUAUGGCUGACCUAUCAAUAGAAGCAGUCAUUUUGGCAACAGCCAGUGAUGAUGACUCCAACAGCAAACUUCUGUGUAUGCACUUUGGGUCAUGGGACAGUAGCAAAGAAUGGAGUGCCACCAUGCCAGAAGGGGAAAGCAUCCAGGCAGUAGCAUUAGGUGAAGGCUGGUUGGCUGUGGCAACGUCUCUUCGUAAUGUGCGACUCUUUACCAUUGGGGGUAUACAGCGUCACAUGUUGACCCUGCCAGGACCUGUAGUGUGUCUGGUGGCCCAUGGUUCUCGAUUACUCAUGGUUUACCAUGCUGGCAUGGGGAUUGUUGGAGAGCAAAAUCUUGCAUACAGAAUUGUGGAUACCAGCAGUCAGAAAAACACAUUGAUUUCUGACCAUUUACCUUUGUCUCCUUCAGCAACCCUAAGCUGGAUAGGGUUUUCUAUGGAGGGAACACCAUUCUACAUGGAUUCCCAAGGAGUUGUUCGUAUGAUGAACACAGCAUUAGGAUAUACAUGGAGUCAGGUGGCUGAUACCAAAGAUCAUGCAAAAGGCAAAUCAGAUCACUACUGGAUUGUUGGUGUUAAUGAAAACCCACAGCAGCUUAGGUGUAUACCCUGCAAAGGUUCUCGCUACCCAGCCACUCUCCCUCGGCCUGCUGUUGCUGUUUUACCAUUCCAACUACCACUGUGUGAGAUGAGCUCUGAGAAAAGUCAAUAUGAGGAAAUAUACCUACGCAACAUGCUGUUCACACAGCAUCUACUUCAACUAGCUCAUGAGGGUAUCAAACUAGAUGACAUUACCAACAAUGAACUGCGGCGGCCAGCUCAGGAGUCCCUAAUGAAGCUCUUUGCUUUAUCAGCAAAGUCUGAACGGGAGUUUCGGGCAGUUGAAGUGUGCAAGUUGAUGCCUGAGGAGCACACCUUGCAGCUGUCUAUCAAGUAUGCAACACGACUUGGACACCUACAGCUGGCACAGCGGCUUAGUCAGCUGGCCCGAGAAAGGGUCCAACAAGCCCAGACUCUAAAGGUGGUGGAAGAAGAGGAGGUAGAGGACUUCAGAACAGCACUUUUGGCCAGUCACAACACCAUAGAAACUGAGUGGUCCAUCAAUCACAGGACAGACAACUCUGAGCAGGAAGAAGAAAAGAGAGAAGAGGAGGAGGAGGAGGAGGAUGAAGAGGACAGAACUCAUUUCUCAGGACCUGUGCUGACUCUAAAACCCAAAGAAACAUUCAGUAAAAAGACAAUAUUUGGCAAAGCCAAUCCUUUCAAGGUAGCGUCCCAGGAAAAAGAUUGCGGGAAGCCUGCAGUCAAGGGCAGUCACAUCUUUGACAACAUGAAGAAAGUGAAAGAAAGGACACCAGUAAUCUCACCUUUGCCUAUCACUGUGAAACAAACAAAAUCAGGACAUCGUAAAGUCACAAUCAAGACACCACAGCAGGGGAAAAUUACCCAGCAGACCAAAAUUGCCUUUUCCACAAACUCAGAGAGUCUACUUUUGACAAAGCAAUCCAGUUUACAACAAGAAGAAAAUGAACAAACGUCAGAAAACGAACCCAUGAAAAAACCUACAGCCUUUGAUCUCUGGCUGACAGAAUCACGGGAUAACCUUCAAGAAAGCCAAUCUGAUUUAUCAGCAGAAGAAUUUAGCAGGAUGGCUGUGGACACAUUUCGUGCCUUGUCUAAGGAAGACCGUCAGGUCUGGAUUCAAAAAGCCAAGGAUCAGACACAGCUAAACACUAGCUUAGACAAGAAAAGGAAACGUGAUAAAGAUGAAGAUGACAAAGAGGAGAAUAUUCCUGAAAAGAAAACAGCAAAUGUUGAACCCAAGAAACCUUUAUCACAAUCCGCCAACACCAAACUUUCAAAUUUCACAUUCUCACCAAAGUCCUAGAUCUUUAAAUUAUUUGUGAAAAUGGGUUUGGUAGCCCAUACACACCAUACCUUAAUAGUUUCAAGAUUGUCUUUUUUAUUAGAAAGACUGAAAAUAAAUGACUGUGCUGACUGUGGCAAUGCAGGCUGUGAUAGUAGGGGUGCAAUGUUCAUAGUAGGGAAUGCAGCUGUGUUCAUGCUUGUGUGCAUGUGUAUCUUGCAUUUGAGAUAGAGUUUAAUUAUAUACCUACAGUAGCACAUGUAUGUGUGUUUGCACACACACUCACAGGACAGUGUUAGACAUUGAUCUAAGCAUUGUGCAAAAGCUACUUCAUUUAGUAGAUCAUUUCUCAGUAAGAGAAACUGUAUUUUGUAUAUAAAUCAUUUUGAUGGGCUUUUGAUAGGUUUCUUCAUGUAAAAAGUAUUAACAGUGGAUCAAGAGUCUUUGUUGUGCCAGUUCUCAGUGAGCAUUUAGGGUUAUGCAUGAUUGAUAUCUCCAUUUGGUCAGAUUAGAGUGUUUACAUCCAUAACAUCCCAGUUCAGGGAUAACUACAGUAAGUCACAGCA